AUGGCAGCACACACGCCGUCCAUACACACGCCACCCAUCCUCCCCCUCCCGACGCCAGGGAGCGCGGGCUUCUCCCCGGCGCUCGUGCGCGCGGUGCACGCCUCGCCGGCGCUGCGCGGCUGGGCGCCGGACGGCACGCUGCUCGCCGUCUUCGUGCUCGCCAUGGUCGCGCGCCGCGGGGGCGUGCUCGUCGACGUCGUGCGGGACCGCGGGUCGCCUGUGCCCGGCGUGCACCGCGUCGUGCGGGCUGCGAUUGCGCUCGCAGAGUCAGUGUUCGGCCUCGAGACCCGCACUAUCGUCCUCUCGGCACACAGUACCGCCGCCGACGUGUCCUUCGAGCCCCGCGCAGGCUGCUUCGUCAUCGCUGGCCUCGAGGACGCGCCGACCCCCGUCCAGAUCAAGUUCCGCGACCAGGUCGCCCUGGCUGACAAGUGGGUCCGGCCGCCGCUCGUCGUGUGGGUCCGCAACGAGGACAAGGCAGACGACUCGCCCCCGUGGCUGAUCGACAUCUUCUCAUGUUCGAUCGCCGUUGUCCCCGACGACAUUGAGCCGCCACCCGCCGGGCUGGAGCAGACAGCCCUCAUCCCACCAGACUACGUCGCAGACCUGCGCUCGCUCCUCGAGGUAACGCACAUUCACCCCCCACUAGAGGUGCACAUCUCCAACCUUGUCGCCGCACUGUCUUUACAUCCCUCACUCGCAUCAACCAUAACCGCAAGAGCAGAAGAGGCGCUUACUCGCCUGGUCCGCGGGCAACGCCUCCUCGCGUCGCCGUUCGACCUCCCACCAGACUGGGAGGAGAACGUGCACACCUGGCAGCACGAGGUGGGCAACCCGAAUGCUGCCCGUCGACAGGCAGCAGCUGCAGGAGGGCUCAGCGGCGGCCCAGGCGGCGUGGACACGUGGGCGCGCCGCGCCGGCGAGGUGCCGAGAACGGAAGCCGUCGUCGGACCAGGCGGUGACGAGUGGUACUGCCUGCCUGAGAAUGUGGCUGGCGCAUGGGCGCUCGCGGUGCGUCACCGUGUGCGCGUGCGCGAGCCCGGCCAGGGCGCGCUGUACCAGCUCAACGGGACGGCGCAGGAGCGCGCCGCCAAGGCCAGCAAGCACCAGGGGACGGUCCGCGAGACGGCGCGCCACCGCCGCGAGGUCGACCAGGCGCUCGAGGAGCUCCUCCUCACUGUGUAG